CCGCUCCUUGCCACACCGGGAGGAUGAGGCUCGCCGUGGGUGCCCUGCUGGCCUGCGCCGUCCUGGGGCUGUGUCUGGCUGUCCCUGAAAAGAAUGUAAAAUGGUGUGCUGUAUCAGAGCAUGAGGCCAGCAAGUGCGCCAGUUUCCGUGACAGCAUGAAAACAGUCCUUCCUGCCAAUGGUCCCCGUGUCAUUUGUGUGAAGAAAACUUCCUACCGUGAUUGUAUUAAGAGCAUUUCGGCAAAUGAAGCGGAUGCUGUGUCACUGGAUGCGGGCUUGGUCGCGGAGGCAGGCCUGACUCCCAACAACCUGAAGCCUGUGGUGGCAGAGUUCUACGGGUCACACGACAAUCCACAAACUUACUAUUACGCUGUGGCCGUGGUGAAGAAGGACACCAACUUCCAGCUGAGCCAGCUCCAAGGCAAGAAGUCCUGCCACACGGGGCUGGGCAGGUCUGCCGGGUGGAAUGUUCCCAUAGGCUUACUCUUUUGUGACUUACCCGAGCCACGUCAGCCUCUUGAGAAAGCAGUGGCCAAUUUCUUCUCGGGCAGCUGUGUCCCCUGUGCAGAUGGAGUGGCCUUCCCCCAACUGUGUCAGCUGUGUCCAGGUUGUGGCUGUUCCUCCCUUCAACCAUACUUCGGCUACACUGGUGCCUUCAAGUGUCUGAAGGAAGGUGGAGGGGAUGUGACCUUUGUCAAGCAUACAACCAUAUUUGAGGUCCUUCCAGAGAAGGCUGACAGGGACAAGUAUGAGCUGCUCUGCCCAGACAACACUCGGAGGCCUGUGGACGAAUAUCGUGAGUGCCACCUGGCCCGGGUCCCAUCUCAUGCUGUCGUGGCUCGAUCUGUGGAUGGCAAGGAGGACUUGAUCUGGGAGCUUCUCAACCAGGCCCAGGAACAUUUUGGCGUUGGCAAAUCCAAAGAUUUCCAAUUGUUCAGCUCUCCUCAUGGGAAGAAUCUGCUGUUUAAGGAUUCCGCCCUUGGGUUCUUAAGGAUCCCCCCACAGAUGGACUCCAAACUGUACCUGGGUUAUAGGUACAUGACUUCUGUGCGGAAUCUGCAGGAAGGCAUAUGCCCAGAAACCAAGGAGGAGGAAUGCAAGACGGUGAAAUGGUGUGCACUGAGCCACCAUGAGAGGCUCAAAUGUGACGAGUGGAGUGUCAACAGUGGAGGGCAGAUAGAGUGCGAAUCAGCAGAGACCUCAGAGGAAUGCAUUGCCAAGAUUGUGAAUGGAGAAGCUGAUGCUAUGACCUUGGAUGGAGGACACGUCUACAUAGCAGGCCAGUGUGGUCUAGUGCCUGUCCUGGCAGAGAACUAUGAAAGCUCUAAUUGUACGAAACCACCAGAGGCAGGGUAUUAUGCUGUGGCAGUGGUGAAGGCGUCGGAUGCUGACAUUACCUGGAACAAUCUACAGGGCAAGAAGUCCUGUCACACUGCAGUGGACAGGAACGCUGGCUGGAAUCCCAUGGGCCUGAUUAACAGCAAGAUCAACCACUGCAGAUUUGAUGAAUUUUUCAGUCAAGGCUGUGCCCCUGGGUAUCAGAAAAAUUCCAGUCUCUGUGAUCUGUGUAUUGGCCCUAGCAAAUGUGCAUCCAACAAUAAAGAAGCAUAUUAUGGCUACACGGGGGCUUUCAGGUGUCUCGUUGAAAAGGGAGAUGUGGCCUUUGUGAAACAUCAGACUGUCCCACAAAACACUGGUGGAAAGAACCCUGAGCCAUGGGCUAAGGAUCUGAAAGAGGAAGACUUUAAGUUGUUGUGCCUUGAUGGCACCAGGAAGCCUGUGUCAGAGGCUGCAAACUGCCACCUGGCCCGAGCCCCAAAUCAUGCUGUAGUCUCACGGAAAGAUAAGGCUGCUUGUGUUAAGCAGCUGUUAUUUAACCAGCAGACUGAAUUUGGAAGUCAUGUAUCUGACUGCUCAAGCAAGUUUUGUAUGUUCCAUUCUAAAACCAAGGACCUUCUGUUCAGGGAUGACACAAAAUGUUUGGUUAAACUUCCGGAUGGCAUCACACAUGAAGAAUACUUAGGAGAUGAGUUUUCCAAGGCUUCUGGUGGCAUAAGAAAAUGUUCAACCUCACGACUCCUGGAAGCCUGCAAUUUCCACAGAGGUUAAAAGCCACCGAUAGGCUGUCAUUGUGAUGGAGAUGGGAACUCAAAUCACCACAGGCUUCCCUGGUCUCCAUGGUCUGAGGGGUGUGUUCCAGCUCUGUCCAUCUU